GUUGACUUGUGGGGGAUCCAAAGGAAAUAAGAUUUUUCUCCAGAUCCAAGGAGGUCUCUGAAUCCGUUUUGCCUCCUUGUCGCAACUACUUGGUAUGCGUUUUUAUAUCUAUAUAUGACUGGUACUCUCGUCCAUAUGAUGCAUUAGAUGUCUUGGAGGAGAUGAGAUGAAAGGAUGGAGAAUUGUUUGGUAAUCAUCACGUAGGAGUCGCAGACGGAUAACGCGCGAUGGGGGUAAAACAAGGAAAAUCUAAGCGGAUUUUUAUUUAGCAGCCACUGAAAAGAGAUUAGGGCGACAGCAGUGGAAGUUAAAUUGUGCUGCAUAUAAAAUGGGCGGGCUAGUCUUUGUGUUACGUUGGCACAGCCUAUUCUAAAAUUAAACAGGCUGCGCUUGGACAUGCCCUGUUUGCAAUUCCUUCAUCUGGACGCACGACCGAUGAGGAACCUUUAGAUAUAGGCUGUAAAUUAUUAUGUAUAUAUGUUUUUUUCUUUGUAGUUUAGCAGAACAGUUCUGUUGCUGACAGGCUGAGAGUUGAACUCACCACAGAACCACCAAUGAACAGUGAGAGAGACCUGCGCAUAUCGUCACCAGCCGCUUCUCCAGACUCGAGCUAAAAAAAAAAAAAAUCGCCAGAUCUCAGAUCACAGUGGAUUUUCUUCUCAUUCAUCCGGCUAGAAAAGGAUAUUCACAAAAGUUUGAGGAUAUAGUGAGCGGAACCGAACAUACCCAUCUGCUUAAGAGGUCCUCAUAUUGCAACUAUGUGUGGACGGAGCAGGGUGGUGUGUCUGUAUCUGUGGGCUUACUUGUUUGCCACCAACAGCGUACUGGGUGGAAAAAGCUCUGGGCAGAACGGCAUGACAGAUGAGCAAAAAGAUAACACUACAGUGUUCACGAAGAUCUUGGACAGCCUUCUGGACGGCUAUGACAAUCGCCUAAGGCCGGGACUGGGAGAGCGUGUAACUGAAGUCAAGACUGACAUUUUUGUGACUAGCAUCGGACCGGUGUCGGACCAUGACAUGGAGUACACUAUUGACGUCUUCUUCAGACAGAGCUGGAAGGACGAAAGGUUAAAGUUCAAAGGCCCCAUGGCCGUGCUUCGUCUCAACAACUUGAUGGCCAGCAAGAUUUGGACUCCUGAUACGUUUUUCCACAAUGGCAAGAAGUCGGUGGCGCACAACAUGACCAUGCCCAACAAGCUGCUGCGGAUCACGGAGGAGGGCACACUGCUGUACACCAUGAGGCUUACUGUAAGAGCAGAGUGCCCAAUGCAUUUAGAAGACUUUCCAAUGGAUGCCCAUGCUUGUCCACUAAAGUUUGGCAGCUAUGCCUACACCCGAGCAGAGGUGGUGUAUGUGUGGACCAGAGGGGCAGCUCAGUCCGUGGUGGUAGCAGAGGAUGGCUCCAGGUUGAACCAAUAUGACCUGAUGGGGCAGAGUGUAGAUUCUGGAGUGGUUCAGUCCAGCACGGGAGAGUACGUAGUGAUGACAACCCACUUCCACCUGAAGAGGAAAAUUGGUUACUUUGUGAUCCAGACAUAUCUACCCUGCAUCAUGACAGUCAUCCUCUCUCAAGUGUCUUUCUGGCUCAACCGAGAGUCCGUCCCUGCCAGAACUGUCUUUGGAGUGACCACCGUCCUGACCAUGACCACUCUGAGUAUCAGCGCCAGGAACUCUCUGCCUAAAGUGGCCUACGCCACCGCUAUGGACUGGUUCAUCGCCGUUUGCUAUGCCUUCGUUUUCUCAGCACUCAUCGAGUUCGCCACAGUCAACUACUUCACCAAGAGAGGUUAUGCUUGGGACGGAAAAAGCGUGGUGCCCGAGAAGCAAAAGAAAAAGAAGGAGUCUCUGCUGAAAAAGAACAACACCACAGCCUACCCGCCUGCAACAGCUACGCCGUUCGCUCCCAACCCCGCCAGGAACCCAGGUUUGGCCACCAUCGCCAAAAGUGCCCCUCCACCCCCAGAUGAGCCCAAGGAGGAGCCAAAACCCAAACCCCCAGAGGCCAAGAAGACCUUUAACAGUGUGAGCAAGAUUGACAGGAUUGCCAGAAUAGCCUUCCCUCUGCUUUUUGGAACCUUCAACUUGGUCUACUGGGCAACCUACUUGAAUAAGAAGCCCAAAUUGCAGGGGAUCAAUCCAACCUAAUCCAUGUUUCCUCUCUUUUCGAUUACAUCUUAUUUCUUAUUAUUCUUACAGAAAUGUCUUUGUUUUUCUUAUUCUGUUUUUUGUCUUGAUUUCUUUCUUUCUUUUUUUUUUGUUUUUAAUGAUAAAUAUUGUGUCAAUGCUGGUUUGAAUUCCCAUUUCUGAAAUCGCUUCUGUGUUUAUCUACAUUUUGAUGGUUUGAAAACAAAAAACAAAAAAAUACAGGAAAAAAAAAAUAACAAACAGUAUACAUGUCUGAAAGGGGUUUGUUCAGGUCUAAGAUGAUGCCAUAUGAUGCCACCAUAAAUAUCUAGCCAAGAGAAUGCUAUUCUAAACUGCACAUAGCCCAAACACAAGGAGGGGUGGGUAUUUUUGUGUUUUUCUUUUCCAAAAUGCGGAAUCACAGGCACGUUGAAAGGCACUUGUGUACAUGCAUGGGCAGGGCAUCUUUUUCAUUUAUACUUAUUUAUUUAUUCAAAGUACAGUGGACUGCUGGCUUUAUUUCUUUGGUAUCAGCAGUGCUCAGUCAUUUCAAGACAUCUUCCAUCCUCCGUAGGUGUUUUAUGAAGCUCUCUCAUACUUCAAGAUGUUUUAUAGUUUCCGCAAUAGCAAUAAAACAUGUCUCCGUGGACACUGUUUAUUUAGGGAUCACAGAGUAUUAAGUUCCAUUAUCCCCGUGCUUGACAUUGAAAAUAUAUUGGUUUCUCUUAUUGCAUUGUAAAUAUUAUAGAUGUUAGAGAUGUCUAUAUUGCGUUUAAAUUUUGCAAAGUGUAUCUAAAGAGUAUAAUAUCUAAAUUCAUGAAAAUGUACACUUUUUUUAAAAUCAUAAUUUCCAUAAAAAGAGUAUAUAUUGGGCUCGGUCAUGCUUAAGUGACUGUUUCUUACCCAGUUCAUAUCCAUGUUAAGUUGGAGAUUACACCGCUGUGUCACAUAUACUAAGACUGGCUAGCUACAAGCAAGAAUGUGAUAUUAUCUCAAACCCUGGAGUGUGUUUUAAAUUCAAAAUCAAAAGUGUAGUCAUUUAAAUUGAUUUAUUUAUACCUCGUUUGGGUAAUUUAUUUAUUUAGGGGCCCUUAUUUGCCAAAUUAAGAUUUUUUGGUUCAGUUUGGGUUUCUUUCACAUCUGCUUAAAAAAAGGGGCGGGGCACACUGAGACGAAGGAGAAGUGCCUUUUCCAUUUUCAGAGUUGAAGCUGCGAUGGCUCUUACUUUGUUGAUUGAUGGCGCAUCUAUAUUUUCCAUCCCACUGUGUCCCCUGACUGUGUUUACCAUAGCCGACACACACGCCCCCCCUCCCCAUCUUCACUGGGUUGAAAAAUUGAGACAUAACACUCAGAAAGUACCAGCUACACUGCCUUCAGUAUCACAUGCCCGUUUGGAGUCAUCUGUUGCUGCUUGUUGGUGAGCAACAGAACGGAGACAGGGACGGAAAGGGGACAGAGAGGAGGUAGAAGCUGAGUCGAAGUGGCACGGGGAUCUUAACGCUAGCCGGCGCUGUGUUUCGCACAGAAGACAUGUCUUGUUCUAUGAUAGUGAUGAAGAUGAAUAUAUUUUUGUAGCAUGAUGUCAAUCUCUCUUCCGAGAAAAAAAAACAAACAACAGAAACAAAAAAGAAAAGUUCGUUUUCUUCUUUUUUUUGUUUGUUUUGUCUUGCACAUUGCUUGCUUCCUGUUUUUCUUCAUUUAAUCUUUGAAACUCUUUUGGGGCAACGCUUCUUAUCUUGUGUGGCGCGUAAAGGUUUCUGAACAGUCCAUUUUAAAAUUAUGUUUAUGUAGCAAUAUUAAUUAGCAAGGGCUUUUCUUGGGACCUGAACCUGACACUCAGUCUGGGGGCGAUAUCCAUUGUAGCUUUACACUGACCCCUCUGUCGUUGUAGUAGUUUCAUCUGAGUGCUGUACCUGGAUUUUUAAUGAUUGGGUUAAAAAAACUGGUGGGGACAUUGUGUCAAAAAUCUGGCUUCUAAAGCCUACAGCAGUGAUGCUCCAUGGGAUUUUUCUGUCUGUAAAGCAUUUCACAGGCCACAGAGCAGGCCAAACUGCGUAUUAGAAAUGUGGAGAAUUCUCUGGGACAAAAAAAGACAAAUAUCCAAGAAGUAGAGAUUAGCGGUUGUUGCUACUCUUAUUUUUUCGCAUUCUAAUUAAACCAAUUCCCUGACAGCAGAUUUCUACAAGUACUGCUUACAGCCAAAAUAGCCUAAAGCAGAGGGUCAUGGAACUGUAAAGUUCAGGGCAAAGAUAUGUAUAAAGAUAUUUGAAUUUUAAGCUAUUGUAUCUAUAUUUAUUAUCAUGAAGAAAAACAUAUAUAUAUAUGUAAAAUACAUAAUGCAUACGGUAUUUGAUUCUAUUAAUGAAGAUAUUAGAUUAUGAUAAAUAUGUUUUUAUUAUCAACCUAUUGUUAUGCAUUUUGCACAUUUAGGAGAAUAUAAACAUUACAUUUAUGUAGUUCAGCUUUGUGCUAUGCAAAGACAGCUUUGAACCACUCCAUUGACCUUUCCACCCUGACCAUUCAGCUACUUUAACCAGAAAAUAAAAAAAAUUAAAAAAAAGCUUUGCUUUUUGUAUCAACCGUGCACCCAUUAGCUUCCCCCUCCUCUGACCCCGCCCACUCUCCCAAUCAUGGCUAUACAGGGUGACAUCAAGGAAAACAGUGGAUUAUCUCUUUUGUUUGGUUGAAAAUGUCCUUCAUUGUCGACUGCACUUUUUUCACCAGAGACAUGCAAUAAAAGUGAUUGGGGCGGAGAAAUCAGAACUGUAACAAGGACACCUUCGGGUUUUGAGCCUAUACUCGCAGAAUUGAAGGGUGGGUGAAAAUGUGAGCGUUUUGUUUUAUCUCUGCUUUCCACAGCUCGUCUAUAGGUUCACGGGGGAGUUUGGACUUUGACAAAGUGAAACGUGAAUUUUGUACUGAAGUUUUCUGUUGGAAGCAUCUUUGCUAAGCUUCUAUCUUGUACCUCCAGCAGGACGAAACAAAGGCUGAAGACCAUUUCCAAAUAUUUCUGAGCCAGGUCUUGUUUUGCUACAUUUAUUGCUCCACAGAGAGAAUGUGAAAAAUGAGGCACAGUGCAAUCAUGAGCUUCCAGCUUCUACCCACACACCCAUAGGCAGGUCAUUCAUGUAAAUAUCAUAUAUGUAGGCACAUCCGUCUUUUUCUGUCAUUUGACGCCAGGUCCAUUGCAGUUCUCAGCAGCACUUGCUUUCCAAGCUUUCUGAGUCUUUGGUUAUACCUACAUACAGUACCUACCUGCGUUUUCUUGUAUUUUUAUCAAGCAAAAUAUGUUCAGAUUUUCACAGAAAAAAAUGUAAAAAAAUAUUUUCUAAAGCACAAAAGGUAAUUAGGGUAAGAAAACAACAAAACAAACAUAUGGACAUAAAAAAAAGACCGAAUGCACACAAGCUCACACAUCCACAUUCAAAUGCUGGUAGUUUAACGAUCAAGGGUUGUGAUUGAUGUAGAUGAACUGGUAAACCUUCUGUAAAUGUUUUUGUUUGUUUCUUUUGGUUAUGAUACAGCCCUGUAAAAUCUGACUCUGCAUUAGUCUUUAAAUAAAAAGAAAACAAAUAAC